AUGGUAUUAGAGGAUACUACCGCUGGGGUCGGUGGCAGUGGCAUUGGUGUGCCUGCGUUGAAAGAGAGAAAGGAGACCGAGAUGGUGGCCAACACGGACAUGAUCCGCCAGGCCGAAAAAGACCUCAUGACGCAAAAGCUGGAGUCUUUUCAGCAUCACGUCAGGGGCGAGGAAGUUCAGACUGAAACAGUCCACUUGAGAAUGGCCGUGUUGCGAAACACUGGUGUCCUUGAGGACGAUGAUGAUGAGAAUGACGAUGAUAGACUCCAGAAGGAGGACAAGAUUUUGGCGCUGGAAGAAACCACAAAAGCAGUGCCUCCUCUGACCUCACAACAAUCACGAGCUACCGGUACAACCGCCCAAAGGAGACUGCAAAUUCUCAUGGAUACAGGAGUCAUUGAGGAGACGGAAUGCAGUGGCACGGAUAAUAGGAUCGUCCACAAGUCGGAUGCUAUGGACAAACUGGAGAAAAACGUGGCAAUCAAUAACGUACCCGUAGGCGCAGCUGUCACCGAACAGAUACUACCGCGAGCCAAAACUGAUAGUAGAUUACACAGUGGUUCUCACGACGACAGCGGCGGCGGCGACUCGGAAAACCCCGACAAGAAUCUCCGUGACUGUGCCCCUCCUCCUACCCAGCUGGCACAAGGAUCCCAAAUACUCAGGACCGAGGGAGUGCCAGGCGCUUACUACCAUGCGCCUUCCUGGAGACAAGAUGAUAGUGUGCGAGCUUCUCUGAAUGAUGCCUCCCUUGUCUUUGGCAUAGAUCAGGACGAUCAAGGCAACACGCGAACUAAUGAAGAAGGCUUGGCCGAGGCAAGUCCCGUAUGUAUAUCUACGGAAUUUGCAGAACCCAUUGAUGUUUCAGAGCAUCGUGCGGCCCGGCAGCAACGAUAUCAGAAAGAUUUAUCCAGGACAGUCAAGUUUGUACUCGUUGGAGUUGUUGUAUUAAUUCUGAUUGGAAUUGGGCUUGCUGUGGGGCUGGCCCUCAGAGAUUCCUCUUCUACCGAAAGGGACAGCACGAAACAACAUGUGAAAGACACGAACGGGACCAUGGCACCUACCCAAGUGGACACUUCUUGGCACUGGGAUCUGCCAUUCACAAUUCCCAACACCACCUUGCACUUUCUUCACCGUGACGUGGAUGCCGCUGUACAGACUCCUCUGUACCAAGCCUAUCAGUGGAUGAAAGAAGAUCCCUACAUUGACACAUACUCGGACGCAAGGCUUCUCCAACGGUUUGUGAUGGCUCUCUUUUACUAUUCUACAAUUGGGGAAUCUUGGACAGAACAAGGAGGGGGCACUGCAACGGUCCUUGCAGAUGUAAUUACCACCCUGGAGCUGUCUGCUGCAGGGGUUCCAGCAAGAGAAGCUAGGAAUUCAGGACAGUUACCAGACAAUGGGGACGAUCAAAGUGAUCCCAAGCCCGAACAGAGUUCUUCCCAGUGUUGUGCCAUAGGAUCCAAACCAUCCAGACGCCAUGAGUUUGCAAAGGUGAACAUUACCAUGGAUCAAUGGUUAUCCUAUGAGCAUUCUGAGUGCAACUGGUUCUUCACAUCACCUUUGCGAUACCCUACAGUCUGCAAUCAAAAAGAUCAACUCCAGUUCUUUGAUUUGAUGCACAACAACUUGAUGGGGAGACUGCCUGAGGAGAUUUCUUUGUUGUCUUCCUUGGAGGUACUCAAUGUUGGACGCAACAAGAUCCAUGGGCCCAUCCUGACUCAAAUAGGAAACCUGAAGAAGUUGAGAGAAUUUCAUUUGGUGACCAAUGACUUUAUUGGUUCCAUACCUUCUGAGAUUGGCUUGCUGUCUGGCACUUUGGAAAUUGUUUCUGUCAUUGACAAUGACCUGUCUGGAUCUCUUCCGCCUGAGUUCUGGGCUCUUUCUCACAUGAAAGAACUCAAGAUUGAUAAAAAUGGCUUGUCAGGGACUUUCCCCUCCGACAUUGGCUUCCGGAUGCCACACUUGCUGUUGUUUAUGGUUGCCCGAAAUCGCUUUACUGGCACAUUACCUACAUCCAUCGGUCAAGCCACAGAUCUGUUUCGAUUGGGCAUACAAUACAAUGAAAUCACGGGGGCUGUACCAUCGGAGCUGGGACUGUUGGUCAACAUUACAACAGUGCAUGCCAGUGGCAAUCUGUUCUCGGGAACGCUUCCAUCCGAGAUAGGCUUGUGGACCAACCUUGUGGACCUUCGCAUUGACCAGAAUCCAGGCAUCACUGGCCCUGUGCCCCCAGAGCUCUGGAAUUUGAAUGAAACCCUCCAUAUCUUGCAACUCCAUGGCACUGGUGUCACAGGGACUAUUCCAGAGGAGAUUUGUGGAAGUUUUGGUUAUUUUUCUUUUGACUGUUCGACAUCUUUGUGCGGUUGUGACUGCCCUUGCCAGUAA